GCCGGAGUGCUGGCCAUGAGGACCCUGUGGCUGGCGCUGUGCGCGCUGACGGGGUUGUGGCCCCGGGCCCUGGCCGGCUGCACGGAGGCGGGGCGCUGCUGCCCCGGCAGGGACCCCUCCUGCUUCGCCCAAGGCUGGAGGCUAGACAGGGUCUACGGGACAUGCUUCUGCGACCAAGCCUGCCGCCUCAUUGGGGACUGCUGCUUCGACUACGCCAGAGCGUGCCCAGCUCGCCCGUGCAUCGUGGGGGAAUGGAGCCCCUGGAGUGGUUGCGGGGACCAGUGCAAGCCCACAGUGCGCGUGCGGAGGCGCUCGGUGCAGCAGGAGCCCCGGAACGGUGGCGCGCCCUGCCCGCCCUUGGAAGAGAGAGCCGGCUGCCUGCACUACUCCACGCCGCAGGGCCAGGACUGCGGGCACGCCUUCGUCCCUGCUUUCAUAACUACCUCUGCGUUUAACAAGGAAAGAGCAAGACAAGCUGCAUCUCCACAUUGGUCUACAGACACAGAGGAGGCCGGCUACUGUGUGGAGUUCAAGACAGAGUCCUUGACUCAUCACUGUGCUAUGGAAAACAGACCCCUGACUCGAUGGAUGCAGUACCUGCGAGAGGGGUACACGGUGUGCGUCGAUUGUCAGCCUCCUGCAAUGAGCUCUGUGAGCCUGCGUUGUUCCGGCGAUGGCCUGGACUCUGAUGGAAAUCAGACUCUCCACUGGCAAGCAAUUGGCAAUCCUCGAUGCCAAGGAACUUGGAAAAAAGUUCGGCGAGUAGACCAGUGUUCUUGUCCAGCUGUUCACAGUUUUAUUUUUAUAUAGAUGCAAUGUGGAUAUUUCAGAAUGUGUUUGUAAACAUGUCAAAUGUUAUCGGGUCAUAUUCAACACCUCGUAAGCCUUCAUAAACUGUUUGAUGUCUCUGACCAUAUGUCAUUCCCACCCUCUGAAAUAGAGAAAGAAAAUUUGGGGGCCAGUUCUCAAGAAACACAGGAACUUUCUUUUCAUUUUUACCAAGAUGAGGGCCCAACCUAAUAGUUUCUGUGGUUUUGUUUCCUUGACUUUACACCUGGAAUCCUCCCAUUCAGCAGGUGACUCACAUGACAGAAUUUGUAUCUAAAGCCACGAAAAUUACUACAACGUGGUCUAUUGGUGUGUAGGUUGUCAUUUAAGAGUAUCCAUGCUUUGAAUCAUAGAUUCACUUUUUUUCUAUUCUCUAAUUCCUUAAAAGCUUCUCUAUUAAAAAAGUGUAUAUGUAUAUUCUUACACAUUCACAUAUAUUAUUUUAUGGUUUCUAAAAUAAAAAUUUCAAGAUCAUCACAAAUUUUUUUCCAUAGGGCAGGUUAAGAUUUAGUAAAUAUUUUGUAAUGAAAAAAAUCAACAGCCAUGCUAAAAAUACUGUUUUGUAUAAGAAAUUUUCUUCACUUACUUGAAAAGAUCAAUCAAAUGUUCAUUCUAAGUCAAUUUGAGUUCCUUUUAAAUGAUAUUUCAUGACAGGAAUUUUGUCUCUAAUGAAUGAAACAAUUACUUGAUUUGUGAAAAUUCUACCAUCAUUAGCAUCUAAGAUUAUUUUCAAAGCCUGAGGUCUGAAACUGACUAAAAGGAUCUUUCAGAGUUCAAGUUUAAUUGAAGUAAACUUACUACUUUUCUUUCUACAACUUAUAUCAUAAAAGGUAUGGAUUUUAUUACAAAUGCUAGGACCUAAACACACAUGGGGUGGGAGGAGAGAGGACAGGAGACGGAGAGAGAAGUUUCCUUAUUUUAUGACUGGGAAACCAGUGAACCAGACACAAAGUGGCUUAAGGAUGUGAUGAAGCCAUUCUGUAAGUCAGCCAUAGAGCCAGUCUCAGCUCUUCAUCUAGGAAUCAGGUUGGAUGAAAGUGUGACUAUGCCAAAGCCUGCUGAAAAAAGCAAAGUUCUUUUCAUUUUUGAAACAAACUUUUAUUUUUCGGGGAGGAGUUUUGCAUUGAAAAACUGAAUCUUGAGAUUUAAACUAUAUGUGAUCCAUUCAUUUUCAUUUGUAUAAUACACUAACAUGAUUUACUAAAAUACAUAUUUAUUGGUAGUUAUCAUAUGAGGAAAGAAUGAUGAUAGUGAGCUUAACAGGGAUGGAUAAGUCCCAAAUAUUUAAUGCUGAGAGUAACAGUGUUUCUGAAUUUAUACCCAUUUAACUGUCAAAGUUGUUUUGUGGUAAAUUAAAUUCUUCAGAAAUUAACAAUAAAAAAUUUGAAUUUCAUUAUUGUUAGGAACUUCAAGCUUAGCAUUAAUAUUUUAGGACAAUUUCUACCAUUUUAAAAGCAGUAUUUUUGAAUUUUCAAUGUUACUUAAUUUUUUUUAUUCCAGUAAAUAAACUUUGUUCACAUUUUUUAAGCUCUUUGUUUGACUAUAAUCUACCCAAAUUUCCUGGAUGGGCCAGAGGAUGAACAAAAUUUACCGAAAACAAAACAAAAAUCCCUUCAGAAUUGAUAGGUAGCUAUAAGGCUAUGGUGUAUUUAUGAUUCCAAUAUGUGUUUUAACAUUUAACCUAUUUGUCUUAUAUGAAAUCAGUGUUCACCUGCUGCAUUUAGUAUGCAGUGGAUGGCCAGGACUUACUUUCAUAUAAGUAUAUAUUUUUUAUCAAAUUUUGAAAGAAUUUCAUAGGCUUAAAGUCUUAAUUAUCAAUGGUCUUGAAAAGUUUAUUAUUAGUUUUAGUGAAGUCUAAAAAAACAGUUAUGAACUGACACAUAGUCCAACUGAUGAAUGAAAAGGCCAAAAUUUUAUUUUCAAAGAUAAAGAUAAAAAAAAAUUUAAGACUUCUUUUAUAUUCUUUUUUAAAUGAGUACCUUACAGUUAAGUACAUGGGUCUCUACAAUGAUUUGCUAACCCUGUGAUUUCCUAAUAGACUAAUUUUCAAAAGUGCAUGUAGAAAGUAAUUCAAAUAAAAAUAUACCCACUCAGGAAAACGGGGCGGGGGAUUAUGAUGGGGACCCCUUAGAAUAGUGGAAAAAAGAGAAGGAAAAAAGUAGAAAAAGGAACAGAAAGUAAACAAAUAAUUUAAAGAUAUAAAAACCAAAGAUUGGAGAUCACAAAUCCAACAUCAGGAUAAUGGGAAUCCAGAAAGAUAGUAUAAAGAAAUCAGAAAAAAAUUAGCAAGGAAAUAGAGUAUUUUCAUAUUUUAGCACAGACUUCCAAAGCCACCAAGUGUCUGGCUUAAUUAGAUUAAAGAAAAUGGUGGGACAAUAUAUUCACAUAAAGGCACAUUACCGUGAUACUGCGGAUCAUCAGUAAUAUUGAGGAAUUUUUAAAUUUCAAGAAAGGAAAAAAGUAGUUAUUGGCAAAGGAUCAGUCAAUAGAAUAGCAACAGACUACUCACAGCAACAUUUGCUACUGAGGUCAACAGAGCAAUGCCUUUGAAAGUAUGAUAGAAAAUGUUUUCCAAACUUAAAUUAUAUGUUCAAAAAAUAUAUGCAAUGAAUAAUUAUUCAUCAAAUGUAGGAAUAGUGUAUGGAUAUUUUUAGACUUGGAGAUAAAAGAAAUUUCCAUGGGCCUCCCUGGUGGCACAAUGGGUUAAGACGCAACCUAUGAAGCUGUCUGCAACCAUUACAGCACAAGUUUGAUCCCCGGCCAGGGAGCUACCCACAUGGCACAGCAGACCUCUCCUGACUCACCCACUGCUCCCCUCAGCAUUGUAUUUUAGCCCAUCUGCCUGUUCUGUUCCCCACUCUGUCUCUGGUGAAUCCUCUCACCCCCACACCUCUGGCCUGUGCCCCAGUUCUUGUAUGCAUGGAUGAAUAAAUCUUAAAAAAAAAAUUUCCAUUGUAUGCAUCUUUUCUCAGGAUGACACAGUAUGAGAUGCUCUGGUUAGAGUGUACAAACCAAGGCAGAGGAUCCAGGAACUAGGGAAUCCAACUCAGGAGAGAGACCAUUGGAAACUCCAGAGCAAAGAAGAUGGAAACAGUAAGCUUGAUUAACUAUUUAGCAGGCCUGGAGAGCAACCAGACACAUGGGAAUAUGAACAGGGAUGUUACCAAGAAAGCAAUGACAUAACAAUGUCUGACAUACUUCAAUAUACUCACUUUGAAUUUGGUAAAAAAUUUGGAGAUGAAUAGGUGAUGCAUAUAUAGAAACUACAUAACACAGGUGUAAAGGAGUUAUAGAACAGUGCAAACACUGAUUAAUGAUUUAACCAAAAACUGAUACAAGCACACUGGAAGAACUGGAGAAGCAUAUGUAUGGAUGCAACAUGUGUUGU